UGACAGAAGGCCAAUAUGGAUGUAACGCCAAGCAGGAGAGAUGCCUUGAUUGAUGAUUAUCUCACAGGAUAUUCCAAUAUGGUGCAUACACGGAACGGCAUGAGCAGCACCAAGCGGGGGUUCUCCCCAUCUGUCCCUGUGGGGAUGGAGAGUAAGAAACCUCCUCCCCCUCAAACAAAUAAUGGGAGUGUUCCACCACCCCUCAAAUACAGCUCUGAACCAGUUGAUGAUGUAAAUAUGAAUGAAGUUAUUGAUGGAAAUAUUGAAUUGGAGGUGAUCUUACCUGGUGGAAAGACAACGCAACUCACAGUAGACUCAAACGUUCCCAUGCAGGACCUUAGAGUUCUCCUGGCAGCCAAAAGCAAGGUGUCCCCCACUGGGUAUAUACUAAGUGUGUAUUCGGAUGAGACAGGCAAACCUUUGGAUUAUAAAGCCAAUCAAACUAUUGGCUCAUUAGAAGGACGGACUGUUCAGCUCCAGUCUAAACAUAAGGAAAAAGAGGUUGAAAAACGAAUGAUGAAGAAAGACUCAUCAAAGAAUUUACAGCCAUUUGAGACCACCCAUCGGUUCACAAUCAACCUUCCUCGCAACCAGAAGAUGGUCACUCGGAUUAGCCCUGAAACAAACUUGGGACAGCUGUAUGCUCAUGUCUGCAGAGAGAAACAUCUUGAUCCCAAACGCUUCACUUUCCAACACCCCACCAACCCUCAUGGCAGCCUUGACCUGAGGGUUGUUACUGUGGGUGACCUCAAGAGCAAUGAAAUAAAUCUCAUUCCUUUGGGUUUAGUUGCUGACUCAGCACGAUCGAUGCCGGAUCUCUCUCGUAGUGAGUCUUUAACUCUGCCUAAAGACUCAAUCCCUUCCUACAUGCCGGGGGCAUCGGAGCCGAAGAAGAAAAGAGGUUUCCUUUCAUUCCUCAAGAGGAAGGAUAACAAAUUUAAACUGCAUGAGACAAGAUACCAGGACAUGGAAACUAGCUCGACAACAAGUAAUCAAAUGUCAAUGGCCAGAACACGACAGAACAUUACACCACCUCCAGAACGUCGAGAAUCGGAUGCAGCCAACAUGCAGGUGCGACCUAAAUCGAUGUUCGUCACAGCCAAAGAGUUGAAGGUUAAUGAUGGAGCAUCAUCUUCACAGGGCAAAGAAAACACACUUCCUCUCAAAACAGCCACAAAAAAGAAACGGCCAGCACCUCCACCCCCUCAGCAACAGAAACAAGCAGUGCCAGAAACAGUUGAGAUUUCCGUGAAGGACAAAACAUCCGUUGUUGUGCAUGAGAAGAGAGAAGCGGUUUCCAGGGUUACUCCCGACCACGUGACGCAGAGACUUCAUUCCCGCAAUAGCUCUGACUCGAGUGGAUAUCAUGAACUGACACUGAGCGGAGCAGAGUCACCUGAGGCAAAUCGUGUUUCAACAAAUUUCAAAACAAGCAUAGACACUACAUCCAUUGAGAGUGCUGAUAACACCAAUGGCGACAGUGGUAUCAAUGAACAUUCCCCUGUACACAGCUCCCCCAAAUACCCUGACAGGGCCACCGGCGAUAGCCAGACAUUGCCGCUUAACAGGAUGGCUAAGAAGCAAGUUCAGAGAUCACAUUCUCUAGAGAGAAAGGAAAAGCCCAACAGGCCACCGCCACCAUCUACGAAGAAGAAGAGAGCUCCAGCACCACCCCCAGUUGCUGAUCCUCCUCCCCCCACCCCAUCUACCCCUCCUAGUCACAUCCCCGAAGCUUCUCAGGACCACACCCUAAGUACCUCACCCUCCGAAGCUAUACAGCUGACAAAGGAAACAUUAUCUGCUAACGAAGACAUAACUGACGGCAAAAUGGAUACCGAUGAUGACAGCGAGGAUAUCAAUGAGACAUUGGAUGGUUUACUGAUGAUGGUGGAGGAUGACUCUAUAUGCAGUGAGGAUAUUGAAAAUAUCGAGCAGCCAAAAGCACCACGCCCUUGCUCCUUUGUUGCCCCUCCCCCUCCUAGUGAACCCCCACCCCCCAAAACUCCAACGACUGAGACAGUGGAUGUUGGUGUAGAGGUUCAUGAUAAUGCAUCUCUCGGCCCAUCCAGUGCCAAGAGUUCUCCAAUAGCCGAUACGGAGAGUAACUCUGAGACAGGCUCUGUCAUUCGACAUGAACAGGAGGGGAAGCUGUACCAUUCCAAGAUGGAUUCCUAUUCCUCGGACUCAGGUUCAGUGCAGAAAUACGACAGUGAAGACCGAUCUCAUGGAGGGUCUACAGAUGCCAGUAGCUAUGAUGAUGUUCCGGUAACAGAAGUACAACAAUCACGUGCUAGGCGUGAUUCUCUUGAAAUUCAUCGUGAAACAUUGUUGCAGAUAACGAAGUGUCGGAAAUUGAUGUUCCCAUGGAAAUGGUUCCUCCUCCAGCUGAGUUCAGGAGAUCCUGAAGAGGAAGAAGAAAUGCAAGAGGAAGAAGAAGAAGAAGAAUACAGAGAAUCUACAGAAGAAAUAAUUGUAACUAUGGCACCUUCAAGUAGUUUUACUUUUGCUGGUGCUUACAAAAUUCCUGACUUGGAAACACCUAAAGAACAUUCCAGUUUACCAGACUCUCCUCGAUUUUGUGUUGCUGAGCCUUCAUUAUCUUACUCAACAUCUAAAAGUGAUCAGAAUUCUACAAACUUCUCUGACCCUAAACCUCAAAAUGUGGUGAAACCUGCAAGAGAGAAAGAAGAAUUUGUUCUGACACGUGAAGAUUUGGCUAAGAUUAAAUAUGUUGAAGAUAACAAAUGGAGAUCUGAGCCAUAUGUUGAGACAGCAAGAAGGCCAACAUCAAUCAGUAGCUUGACCCAGGUGUAUCAGGAUGAGCCAGAACCUGCAGUGUCCUAUGCAUCAUUUGAACCAAGUUAUUCUAAACCUGAAAGUAUUCAAGGGUCCAGGUCAGAAGAGGAAAAUGUUAAAACAAGAUGUUCUGAACUGAGCUUCAGACCCAAUUCUGAGGGGGAGAUUGAUAAUGUCCUUGAAGAGAAAUCGAUUUCUUUAAUUGCCUUGCCAGCCAUGAGAACAAGUGUCCUGAAAAAGUCGGAUGAGGAAUAUUUGACAACAUUAAAACAGGAAUCCUACCAAUCAUCAGUUCCAGAAACAAUGUCAGCAAGUGAUCGUGAAAUGAGAAGCAAGUUCUUUGAUGAUGAUGAUGAUGAUGAUGAUAAUGAUGAUGAGACUGAUAAUAUAGUGCAAUCAAGAAAGGUGUUUAUUUCAGAGGGAAGUGAAGAUAAAGGGAGUGCAGAGGAAGAAAAUGAAGAGAUUACAAAGCAACAGGCAGCACUCCAGACUCAGUAUGAAAUUCUGCAGCAACAGUUUACUAUGUGGCAACAACAACUCAAGCAGAACCAGGACCUCCUUGCCAGUCAACAUAUUGACCCAGAAGUCCAGAGCAUGCAAGAAAUUCAGAUCCAACAAAUGCAGCAGCAGAUGCAGAUCCAGCAGCAGAUGAUGUCACAACUAGAGAGGAGCAUGGAAGCCCUGGCCCUGCAGAAGAAGCCCAAGUCAGGCCAGCCCUCAACUGCUGCUUCAGCCUCAGCAUCUGUUGUAGAAGCAUCACCUGAAUGUUCCGGAGAGGGUAUUGGUAGGUUGUCAAUACCUACCCCACCUCCACCACCACCAGUCACAGUUGUGAAGAAAACUGUUAAGAGAGUCAACAAGGAGGAGGACCCAAGAUUUCAGAGGAAGUUAGACCCUCGUGAGGAGCUCAUGAUAGCAAUCAGAAGCUUUGGAGGAAGAAGUAAACUUGCAACUGUAUCAAUCCAAAGCACACACUGGCAAGAAGGGUCUUCAUGAGGGUGCUUUGGUAGAGAAUCAAAAGCCAAUCAGUGCUAGGAUCAAAAAGGUCAAGGUCACAAUAUUUUACCAUAAAUGUAUAGUUCAUUCUGUUCUGACAAAGCCGAUUUUAUACACACUCUUUGUCAAAUAACCCAAAAGAACACACUGGGGGCAAGUACAAAACAUGGUCCGGUAUUGUUCUUUAUAUAGAAUCUUUCAGAUCAGAUGAAUUGUUCAGGUAAUUCUCACGGACAACUAUAUACGGUUAAUCUUUGAGCAUUGUAUUAAUUAUAUAUGAAGCAGGUUGCUAUUCAUCUUCACACCAUCUUAGUCAGACAAACUGAAGAGACAAUGUGAUUCCAAGCAGCUAAGUGGAGAUACACCAACAGCAGCAAGCUCAUCCUACUGGCGUAUCAAGGAGGACAUAUGUGUUUCGGCAGGACCUCUGUUCUGAAGUCACCUUUCUGGUGUUGCUUGUAGUAAUGACAUGAUUUGUAGAUCAGGACUUGGGAGACUUUCUACAUCUUCUGGACUGUAUACAUUGAAACACAGGAUGGCUUGUGACUGGGGAUACUGGAUGAUGAAACAUGGGUGACAGAAACUGCUCCAGCUAAUAACAGGCCUGUGAGGUUCCGGCUCUGUCAGACGUCCUGUACUAUCCUUAAGCCUGCCAUCUUGGUGAUAAAGCUGCAAGCAUGAGUGUUUCAUGUACUGACUUAAGAAUGAUAUGAGCUUGUUGAAUGUGGAGUUAUAAGAGGCUUGUACUAGAGGUGGCAGCAUUCUUUCAAAUCCAAACGAUUUGUCAUAUGUCGGAAGACACCAUCGUUGGCAACAAUGAUGUGCGAAAAUACAAUAAAGACACAAUUCACAACAUGUGAAUACCAAAAUCAUACUUCCCAGUUAUUAAUCCACCAAGUCAGCUGCAUAUGUACCUCUAGCUUGUGGAUCAUGCUUUCAUGAAACCAUCUUUUAUAAAUAUGAUAGCAUGGUUGCUAACUGUUUGGUGCAAUCACGUUAAAGUUUGUCAGUGUUUAUAUACACAAAACAGUUAUUGUUCAUUAUACAAGGCAGGGUUGCCUGAACAACGAGCAGUAAUCCUUGGUAUCCAGUUUACUGUUUCUACUGUCACAUCCCAAUCAUGUAUCUAUUAUCUGUUCUAUGUUAGGACAUAUUUACUGUGUUUUGAAUUAGUAUUGUGUUGAGUUAUGACUAAAUUUUAUUUGCUAAAGGGACAUAAUUAUUUCAGUAUCAUCAAGCUAUACUCUGUAGUAACGUCAUAUAGGGCAUAUCUAUUGAAUUAAGUUACCAAUGGAAAACUGUGCAUUAAGCCAUUGUUUAUGUAUAAUCUGUUAGAUGUCAACACUUUAUGGAAUGUCAUAUGCUACUUAAAGCAGUGUGGACAAUGGCCAUACACCAGUAGACAUUAUGUGAAAAAGCAGCAGUUCUCAUGGGUACAAGAUUUACAGUGAGAUAGGACUUGUUGGGGCCAUGUGCCACUUUAACUUGUAUAUUUACAUGACUACAGCAAUAUAUGUGUUUACAUCAGCAUUUCUCUGUGUGUGUCUGUUAGUAGAACUGUUUCAGAUCAUAAUCGACCAAAAUCAUCAGCCCCGGUAUAUUAUUUUUAAUUUCUAGUUACCUUGAUAACUAUAUUUCCAUCAGAGGUUGAAUCAGUACAUGUUGACGGAGCCCUUCUUAUUUGGUGUUAUAUUCAACUUCGGAUAGAAGGGAAAUUAUGAAAACCAACCUUUGCUUUCCACUUGGCUCAUCAAGGCAUCUCUUCUCUAAUUUUGUUGAAAAGAAUGAAUGUGGCUUUUGUUGCGGCCAAAGUCAAAAUUUGACUUUUGGGUGUUGUCAUGACUGUGUAACGUUCACUGACUGUUCAUGUAGGAGUUGGAUAUGGAAAGAAAUUGUUAAGUAGAAUAAUAUGCCAUUUUGUGGACAGCAACACGGAGUUGAAGGGACAUAAGUUUGUGAAGAAAACAUGGCAGUUCAUUUGUGUCAAUGCAUUUGUUUCUUAUUCUGUUUCCUACUGAGGCCCUUCUGUCAUUUAUCAAGGUAAUAUACGGGGCUGGCUUGGUAGUCCACAUUGGUACUUCCACAAAACAACAGGUUAGUUUCAAGUAUACUUAUUCUUUAGCUUACAAAUUUUGAUGUUGACUAUUUAUUUUGUGCAAUUAUCCUAGAUGUGAUCCUUUUGUGCCCCUGCUCAAUAUUUAUACCCCGGCAUCAAGCUUCUGAUGAGAUUGACACACAAGAUCUUCAGGGUAGUAGACAAACAGCAUCUUUCUACAUAUAAUGGAGAACUUACUUGACGUUUAGUAUUUUUAAGAAUACUAUUUCUUUUCAAUAAAUUCCAUUAAAACUCUAUCUGAAAAACACAAUGUUUGAUGAUGUUUCUACUUAUUUGACCGAUGCUUUUUGUUCCAUCAUUUAGUGUGUGAAUCAUAUGGCUGUGAAAAUAGCUAUGUAACUUAUGAAACGCCAAGGUGGUUGUGUGGGGCAGUGUCCAGACACCAAGGUGGUUGCAUGGGGCAGUGCCCAAGACUUCUCUCAUGGUGUCACCAAGGUGGUUGUAUGGGGCAGUGUCCAGACACCAUGGUCGAUGUAUGGGGCAGUGUCCAGACACCAAGGUGGUUGUAUGGGGCAGUGUCCAGACACCAUGGUCGAUGUAUGGGGCAGUGUCCAGACACCAAGGUGGUUAUAUAGGGCAGUGUCCAGACACCAAGGUGGUUGUGUGGGGCAGGGUCCAGACACUAAGGUGGUGGUACUGGGCAGUGUCCAGACACCAUGGUCAUUUUAUGGGGCAGUGUCCAGACACCAUGGUCAUUUUAUGGGGCAGUGUCCAAAGACGAAGGUGGUUGUAUUGGACAGUGUCCAACAGUUAGUUAGAGCAUCUAACCUGGUGGUUAUCAUUUUUAUCAACAGCUAAGAUGCAUGAUAUUAUUUGUUUAUGCAGUGCAAUAGUACUGAAGAAAAUGUAUAUAUAAUUUUGAUACCUAUUAACUUUCUUACUGGAAUUAGAUUUUUAAGAUGUUUCUAAAAUUAUCAUGUAGCACGUGAUGACUCAUGAAAGUUGUUGAUCUUCAUGAAAUUUACAGAUGAUCAUGAAAAUAAUAUGUUUCUACUUCAGCAUUAAUGACUUCAUAAUUUGAUGCCAAGAUUAUCACAAAGUUGAUUUUAUUCAUUUAUGUUAUAUCUUUCACAAUACCAGGAAUAUUCUUUGAUAAGGUCAGUGGUGUGUAUAAUCUAGAAAUUUGAUAUCAGUUAUAUUUUAUCCUACACCUCUUCAAAACUUCAUCACAAUUAUUAUGCAUAACAAUUAGGAAAAUAAAUCAUGGUUAUCAUUAAAUCACAUCGUAUAAUUCUAUCACAUUUCAUGACCCUAAUACUGAAUAUACAUGAUGAAAAUGUGUUCCUGUAAUUCAUCAUGUACCAGGCUUAGAAUUAACAGAAUAGGCUGAAUAUAUUUUACAGUUAUGCAUUAAAAUGCACCAUUUAUCACUUACCAGAUGUAUAGUCAGUUAAUAUAUUAGACAGCUGUAGUCUUCCAGUUACUUUCAGGCAGGACCAAUAUGUAUAUAGGUACCAAUAUAGAUAUAUGUACUGAAAUAGCUUUAGAAGUCACAUCGUGAAAGAAUCAUCAAAAACAACAUUGUGGACCAGAAACUGGUGUUGUAUGUAGUGUCAAGAAGGCUACAGAGACCUUCAUUGUGAAAAAUACUUCUUUUACUUAAAUGGAGGACAGGAAUCCAUGCCUACCAAGGAUAAUUGUUUGUUAUAUUAUGCUUAACUUUGACACUGAUUCUGAGACUGUUUUAUACUGAUCAUAUGUAAUUUUAUAUAUUUUAACUUCAAGGCAGUAUACCCAUCAGAACUCUUACAAUAUCAACAAAUGUUUAGGAGAAUCACACGUACCUGUUCUAGAAUACAUUGUAGCAUCAUAAUAGGUGAAAUAUACAUUUGGAGAAACAAAAUUAUUAGUAAAAAACAGAAAGAUUGGAUACUGUUUUCUCUGCCAUAAGUACAGUUGUUAGGUCGGAUGUCUUCCACAACACCAGUGGAUGAGGAAUUCCCAUUGUUCAUUUUCAGGGCAGGUAUAUGGAGCUCCUCGGCCUGCUGUCCAUAGUUCAUGUCUUUCAUCUCCCUCUUGGCAUAAUGUCAAUGUUGAUAUCAGCGUCUCUCAGAGACUUGUAGAUUCUGUGUAUAUUACUGCAUCUGUCCUGUGUUUUCUAUUGAACAUAUCAUGUAAUUAACAACAGUUGUAUGUAUGAGCAAAACCUACAUAAAUAUAUGAAAUUGUA